ACUUUACGAAUUGUAUUGUAUUCUAUUAUUUCUCUACUGUUGUCUAACAAACUUAUUCUUUAUUGAUCUCUAUCUUGUGAAAGUCUAUAUAUAGACCACAAUUUGGCAUAAUGAAAAGCACCGAGGAAAGUUUCACAAUUCUGUUACUCUAAUAUGGCGGACCUAGACAAGGAGAAGCCCUUGAGAAAAAUAUCGGAGGCAUUCAAUGAACUCGCGGUCACUGUAAAUUCCCAAACCGCAGACGUGGAGCUCGCGCCUUUCUCUGGUGCCUGCUCUCUCAUCUCGCCCCUCUUUCGCUGUUUGGGAAUCGCCUUCAGGUUCGCUGAGAGGGACUACAUCGCAAAGGUCAAAGAUCUUGCAGAGGCAUCGAAGUCGAUUGGGACUUUGCAGGCUUUGCUCGAACGAGAUAUAGAGGCGAAUACUGUAAGGAAAGCUGGUAGUCAUUCGAGAAACCUCAUGGUUGUGAAACGUGGGCUCGACAUGCUCAGGGUACUCUAUGAGCAGUUGCUUGAGACAGAAGGGAAUUCCCUAAAGGAACCAGCUUCCAAGUCUUAUGCACAGGUAUUUGCUCCAUACCAUGGGUGGGUCAUCAGGAAAUCCGUUGCUGCAGAGAUGUAUGCUCUUCCUACAAGGGCGCAGCUACUGAAGAAGCUCAAUGAAGAUGAGGCGUCGUCAAAAGUUCAAAUGCAAAAUUACAUUGCUACAGUGACUCCUCUAAUCCUGUACAUCGAGAAACUCUUCCUUUCAAGAGACUUGGGUUUGGAUUGGUAAAACAAACGGGGACUACUCGAGAUUGUAUUGUAUUAUUCGAGAUGACCAAUCUCUGGGGAUAUUAGCUGGAUAUUAUUUAUGUCUUUUAGCAAAGACCAUGUUUGCCUAUGCACAGUUAAUAAAAUAUUUAUAUUGUAUAAUUUAAUUUAAAAGAUAAAAUUUAAUUUUAUCAUUUUAAAUAAUUUGGAUGUCAUACU